AUGGUCGAAUUCUGGUGUUCCUUGGUGCUGCUCGUUCUACUCAUCUUUUUUUCCGGCAGCUAUUUUUGGUUAAGAAAACAAUAUAGUUAUUUUGAGGAUCACCGGAUACCUUAUUUAUCCACUUCAGUCUGGUCCCCGUUGGGUCAUUUACGUCAAUUGUUAUUUUUGCGAAUCUCCUUUGCCGAUCUAUUUCGCAAUAUUUAUGCUGAUCCCAAACUUGAUGACGAUGCUAAGGUCGUUGGCUUCUUCAUAUUCCAAACACCAGCACUGAUGAUCCGAGAUCCCGAAUUGAUACGCCUUAUACUCAUCAAGAACUUCAACAGUUUUCUUAAUCGCUAUGAGGCGGCGGCGGGAACUGAUAAUGAUGCCAUGGGUUCGUUGACUCUGCCCCUGGCAAAGUAUCACAACUGGAGGGAUAGCCGCCAAUGCAUGUCAACACUAUUCGCCAGUGGACCCAUGAAACAGCGUAUGUAUCCACUAAUGCUGAAGGUGGCCAACGAUUUGGAAGACUAUCUGGAAAAGCGAGUGACGGUGGGAGGACUCACUUUACCUUUAAGUGAGAUGUGUCAGCUGUAUACCACAGAUCUAACCGGAACACUAUUCUACAGUCUGGAUGUCGGUGGUUUACGUAGUGGUCAUUCACAACUUCGGCAAAUAACCAAGGAAUUAUUUUCACCAAAUAUUCAGAAGGUGUUUCACUUUAUGGCCAUUUUCUUUUUGCCCACAUGGACUAAAGUUCUUGGAGCAAAGGUUUUUACUGAGGACUAUGCCAAUUUCAUGAAGCAUCUGGUUAAAAAUCCGCAUCUGAAACAUCAGGGUGAUCUUAUAGAUCAAUUGGCGAAAAUGAAGCAAAAUCGACCCCCUACACAUUAUUGCCAACAUGAGGAUUUCAUUGCUUCCCAGGCGGGUAUUAUUCUCUUGGCCGGCUUUGAGACUUCGUCAUCUCUUUUGGCCUUUACACUGUAUGAGCUGGCCAAGCAAACGAAUCUUCAGGAGCGUUUAAGACAUGAACUGCAUCAAGCAUUCGCACCAGAUUUUUCAUAUUUAUCGUAUGAGACGCUUGUAAAUUUACCUUAUCUAAAAAUGGUUUGCUUGGAAGCUUUGCGUCUCUAUCCAGCUGCCGCAUUUAUCAAUAGAGAAUGCACGGUGGACAGCAAUCAAAAUGGUUUCUCUUUGAAGCCUCAUUUGGAUUUUGUGGUGCCCCCAGGAAUGCCAGCCUACAUUUCCAUACUCGGUUUGCAGCGCGAUAAAAAGUACUGGCCCGAACCCGAUCGUUUUGAUCCGGAGCGCUUUUCCUCCGAUUCCUUGGCCAACAUUUUGCCUAUGACUUAUAUUCCAUUUGGAGCUGGACCACAUGGUUGCAUAGGAAGUCGCCUGGGACUGUUGCAACUAAAAAUGGGUUUGGCUCAUAUUUUGCGUCUGUAUCGUGUGGAGACUUGUGAUCAAACAGUGUCUAAGAUAGAGUUCAAUGCGAAAACUUUUAUGUUGGAGGCUAAGGAUGAGAUAUACCUAAGAUUCGUAAGGGAUGCACCCUAGG